GGCGCCGGGCUGGGGGGCUCGGCCGCCUCGUAUUUCCUGCAGCAGCACUUCGGGCCGCAGGUGCAGCUGGACGUGUACGAGGCGGCGAGCGUGGGCGGGCGCCUGGCCACCGUCACCGUCAACAAGCAGCAGUAUGAGAGCCGGGGAGCCUCCAUCCACGCCCUCAGCCUCCACAUGCAGGACUUCGUCAAGAUCCUGGGCCUCAAGCACCGGCGGGAGGUGGCCGGGAAAAGCGCCAUCUUCAGCGGGGAGCACUUCGUCCUGGAGGAGACCGACUGGUACCUGCUCAACCUCUUCCGCCUCUGGUGGCACUAUGGCAUCAGCUUCCUGCGCCUGCAGAUGUGGGUGGAGGAGGUGAUGGAGAAGUUCAUGAGGAUCUACAAGUACCAGGCACACGGCUAUGCCUUCUCCAGCCUGGAGGAGCUGCUGCGCUCGCUGGGGGGCGAGGCCUUCGUCAACAUGACCCAGCGCUCGGUGGCCGAGUCCCUGCUGGAGGUGGGUGUCACCCAGCGCUUCGUGGACGAUGUCAUCGCCGCCGUGCUGCGCUCCAGCUACGGCCAGUCCGUGCUGGUGCCCGCCUUCGCAGGGGCCAUGUCGCUGGCGGGAGCCCAGGGCAGCACCUGGGCGGUGGAAGGAGGGAAUAAGCUGGUGUGUUCAGGUCUGCUGAAGCUGACCAAAGCCAAUGUCAUCUCAGCCAGGGUGACGGGCAUCUCCCUGCACAGCUCGGAGGGGAGAGCUCUGUACCAGGUCCACUACGAGAGCACCGAAGGCCAGGGCUCUGCUUUCUACGACAUGGUGGUGGUGACGACUCCUCUGCACCCCAGCAGGAGCAACUUCACCUUCGAGAACUUCGACCCCCCCAUCGCCGACUUCCCCGGCGCCUUCCACCCCUCCGUCACCUCCGUGGUGCACGGCUACCUCAACUCCUCCUACUUCGGCUUCCCCGACCCCAAGCUGUUCCCUUUCACCAGCAUCCUCACCACCGACACCCCCGACCUCUUCUUCCACGCCGUGGACAACAUCUGCCCCGUCAACGUCUCGGCGGCGUUCCGGCGCAAGCAGCCGCAGGAGGCGGCGGUGUGGCGGGGGCGGGUGCUGUCCCGGCAGCCGCUGGACAAGCAGCAGCUCAAGACCCUCUUCAGGUCCUACUACUCGGUGCAGGUGGCCGAGUGGCAGACCUACCCCCGCUACGACGCCGCCAGGGCGCUGCCGCCCGUCGUGCUGCACGAGAACCUCUUCUACCUCAGCGCCGUGGAGUGGGUGGCCAGCUCCAUGGAGAUGGUGGCCGUGGCUGCCAAAAACGUGGCCCUGCUGGCCUACAACCGCUGGCAUCAGGAGCUGGAGAAGAUCGACCAGAAGGACUUGAUGCACAAGGUGAAGACGGAGCUGUGAUGCUCGUGAGGGGUGGUGGGCCAGGAGCUUGGGUGUGGGGUAGCCUAGGGGAGUAUUUAUUGCCUUGGGGAGGCCAGGGGGGCUGGGGGACAAGGGACAGUGUCCCAGUGACUUGAAGGCCUUCAGGAAUACAGGUCCUGCCCAGUGUUGCUGCGUCUGUGCCGUGUGCCUCGGUUUCCCUGUUCCCAGGCUCAGCUGGAAAGGAGCCUGUGCCUCCUCUUGAGAAAGGGUCACUGUG